UUCUUAUAAUGUAAAAGGCGACUCACGGAAUUUUUAAAAAACUAAUAAAUAUCUUUAAAUCUUCUUAGAUCGAUACCAUUUCGUCUCUCACUCUUCUCCAAUUCCCUCAUUUCUCCUUCUUCUCUCAAAAACAGUCCCUUUCUACUACUGCAGAUCCAGCCGUUCAUCGAUCUGUGGCCACUUGAAAGAGUUUGUUGCUGCUGGUGAAAAAAAAAAAAGAAGACAAAAAAGAAAGGAAAAAAGGUGCCACUUUGCACAAUUUAAUUCAGCUUGGAAUUUGGUGCCUUUUUCAGAUACAUGGGAAGGAUGAUUGAAUAGUCUAUUAUCGUUCAUUAACGAGGAGAUGAAAGGCGUGUCUUGGGGGCUGAUAGUUGGGGUUUCCAUAGGGGUGAUUAUUGGUGCACUUCUGGCCUUUUCUGCUCUGUUGUGUAUAAGGUUUCGUAAGAGGCAUGCACAGAUAGGGAUUAGCAAUUCACGGAGGGCUUCAACCAUCCCCAUGCGUGCCAAUGGUGUUGAUUCCUCUACAGUUUUGUCAGACUCAACCAUUAGUCAGGAGUCACCGAAACAAUCUGAAGGGAACAGCAUGUCCUUGUGGCUGGAAGGACCUAAGAGGAAGAAUGUAGUCUCAGUGUCUGGAAUACCCAAAUAUCCUUACAAAGAACUGCAAAAGGCAACUCGUAAUUUCACAACAGUUCUAGGGCAAGGGGCAUUUGGUCCUGUUUACAAAGCUCAGAUGUCAACUGGUGAGACGGUUGCUGUUAAAGUGCUCGCUACUAAUUCUAAGCAGGGGGAGAGGGAGUUCCAAACAGAGGUUUUUCUGCUUGGGAGAUUACACCACAGAAACCUUGUGAAUUUGGUGGGAUAUUGUGCAGAAAAAGGCCAGCACAUGCUUGUUUAUGUAUACAUGAGUAAUGGAAGUCUUGCGUCUCAUUUGUAUACUGAGAAACAUGGACUGUUGAUCUGGGAUUUGAGGGUUUAUAUUGCUCUGGACAUCGCAAGGGGUUUGGAGUAUCUUCACGAUGGGGCAUCCCCACCGGUGGUGCAUCGGGACAUCAAGUCUUCAAACAUACUGUUGGAUCAGUCCAUGAGAGCUAGAGUUGCUGAUUUUGGGCUUUCAGGGGAAGCAAUGGCUGCCUCUCAUGGAUCUAAUGUCAGGGGAACUUUUGGCUAUCUUGAUCCUGAGUAUGUAUCUACGAAGGCCUUCACGAAGAAAAGUGAUGUUUACAGCUAUGGCGUCCUGCUGUUUGAACUGAUUGCAGGCAGGAAUCCUCAACAGGGUCUUAUGGAAUACGUGGAGCUUGCAGCAAUAAAUACUGAAGGGAGAGUUGGGUGGGAGGAAAUUGCGGAUUCCCGUCUUGAUGGGAAAUAUGACAUUCAAGAACUGAACGACAUGGCAGCCCUUGCGUACAAAUGCAUCAACCCCAUAGCGAGGAAACGGCCUUCCAUGAGGGACAUUGUUCAGGCGCUCACUCGGAUUGUUAAGCUGCGCCAGAAUCGGAAGCAUCACAAACACGCUUCAGUGGUUUCAUUGGAGGAAGUCAUAAUCGAUAUAGACCAAACUGAUGUCCAUGUUCCAAAUGGGAAUCAUCAAAGAGAGGACUCGAUCAGCAGCAUGACGGAUCUGCCUGAUGUUUGAUAAAGGUUCUUCUUUUCUCCUCCCUUUUAUUUUUUGUUGUGACCUUUACGCAUUUCAAAGUAACUAGAAGAUAGAUUUCUGGUUUUUUAAAGGAGAAAUUACACAAUGCGCAGACCCCCUAACAUUUAUUCAGCACCGUUCAGGCGUUCAGUUUGUGCAAGUUGGGUCCAUGGUUCAGCGAUCCAAGCCAUUGAUACAUGGUCCUCACUAACGGAUGGCCCUUGCCCAGAAAGAAAAUACAGAAACAGUUCCCAUUCAAAUGAAAAGAGAGGCUAAACAUUCUACAGUUAUGAUCAUCCAGUCUAGCGGAAUUUAAGUGCAUGGUCCGGUCCAUCCAGGGUGAGUGCCAACUGCCCACACAUCAAAGAUUUGGCUCACUGAACCAUGGGUCCCACUUGUAGAAACUCAAGUCCAUGUGUACUGUUUAAACUCAUGCCUGCACAUUGUGUAACUACUCCUUUCUGAGAGAGAUGGGAUUCUAUUCAAGGUCUCCCAUACAUCUUAACUUCAUUGUAACAUAGCCAUUUUUCUGUAAUUAUCCUUUUGCUUUCAAGUGAAAAUGAAAAAUUUUGCCUCUUUUUCCUCA